GCGGGUGCUGACGAUGGCAGCGUCGCUCCCGCGACCUGGGAAUCGGCUCUUCCGAACGUAUGGGGCCGCGGGCGGCGGAGGGCCGCGGCGGCGACCCGGGAGGGCAGCCGCGCAGUGGUUCCCGCCGAAAGACCGGAAGCGUUUAUUCAGCAGCAGCAGUAGCAGCGACGCCAGCGGCGGCGGCCCCUCGCGGUCUGUCGCUUCCGACGAUCCCGACGACCCAGACUUCCUCGGCAUUGCAGUGGGUCGACGGCGGAGGCGCCCUGGCGGGCGAGUCCCGGAGGACCGGCCGAGUCUGAUCGUGACUCCGAGACGCCUGAGGCUGCGAGCUCGGCCUCCGCAGAACUGCAGCACCCCUUGCGGCCCGCUCGACCCGCCACCCUUCUCUAACGGCAGGUCGGGCCGCCUGACGGACCUCAGUGCGUGCAGCCAGCCCGGGGACGGCAGCGAGCUGGGCACCAGUGCCUCCCUGUUCAGCAUUCUGGCCUCUCCUCGCCCCGGCCUCCCAGCAGCCUCCCUGGACCCAGCCUCCCUCCACCGCCUCCAAGAGGCAGCAACAGGAAGACGCAGGUUCACCAGGUUGGCCCAUCAAGCCCAUGUCAACGUCAGGUCAGCGCUCUUUGGUGUUACGGACUCUGGGACCCCUGAGGAUUCUGAGAGUGGGGCAGUUGGGAGGAGUAUGAGGGAGUCUUGCUGUGAAAGCGAACAGGAGAAGAGGCUGGAAAGGCCAGAUUUUUCAAGCAUGGGUAAGAAGAGGGCCACAGACCAGGAUUCUUGUCAACAGAGUGCGUCUCAAGGGGCUGCCCAGAUAGACUAUGAGGAGUCGGAUGGUUGCAAGGGCUGUCUCGUGCAUGGGGAAAUCAACAGGCCUGAGAGAAAAAGGAAACUUCAGGAAACAGUAGAAACCUCCCUUCUCCAUCACCACCAAUUUAAGAAGGGCCAAAAGAUGGAAAAAGACUCAUUCCUCACCCAGGACCUGACUCAUUUACAGAGUGCCUCUUGGACCAAAGCCAGGGCUUCCUUCAGUUUCCACAAGAAGAAGACGGUGACUGCUGUGUCAGAAGUGUGCAGCAGCUACACGCUUGCCAGCUCUCUCUCUGAGUCCCUCCUAUCUGAAUAUCCAAACCCUCCUGUUAUGAACAGAACAAACAGUGCUGUGUCCCCUUGGCUCUGCUCCUCCAUGUAUUUGCUAACCCCCUGUAAGACACUGCAUGUCACAGACAAAAAGGUAUCGGAUGCUGAGAAGGUUUAUGGGGAAUGCAAUCAGGAGGGCCCUAUCCCCUUUAGCUCUUGCCUUUCCACAGAAAAAUUGGAAUGCUGUCAGAAGAUUGGGGAAGGGGUGUUUGGUGAAGUCUUUCAAACAGUUGUUAAUGACACACCUGUUGCCCUAAAAAUCAUUGCUAUCGAAGGACCAGAUUUAGUCAAUGGAGCCCAUCAGAAAACUUUUGAGGAGAUUCUGCCGGAGAUCAUCAUCUCCAAAGAGUUGAGCCUCUUGUCUGAUGAGGUACACAACCGUACAGAAGGCUUUAUUGGCUUGAACUCGGUGCACUGUGUUCAAGGAUCUUACCCUCCCUUGCUCCUCAGAGCCUGGGACCAUUAUAACUCAACUAAAGGGUCUGCAAACGACCGGCCUGACUUUUUUGAGGAAGACCAGCUCUUCAUCGUGCUGGAAUUUGAGUUUGGCGGGAUCGACUUAGAACAAAUGAGAACGAAGUUGUCCUCCAUAGCUACUGCGAAGAGCAUUCUACACCAGAUUACAGCGUCUCUCGCAGUGGCCGAGGCGGCACUGCACUUUGAGCACCGAGACUUACACUGGGGGAACGUGCUCUUAAAGAAAACCAGCCUGAAAGAGGUCCGCUACACCCUCAACGGGAGCACGAGCACCAUCCCCACCCGGGGACUACAAGUCAAUAUCAUUGACUACACGCUGUCACGGCUGGAGCGGGAUGGGAUUGUGGUGUUCUGUGACAUCUCCCUGGAUGAGGACCUAUUUACAGGUGAAGGUGACUACCAGUUUGAGAUCUACAGGCUAAUGAGGAAGGAGAACAACAACUGCUGGGGCGAAUAUCACCCUUACAACAAUGUGCUCUGGCUCCACUACCUCACGGAUAAGAUCCUGAAGCAGAUGGCCUUCAAAAUUAAAUGUAACACCCCUGCCAUGAAACAAAUGAAGAGAAAGAUCCAGCAUUUCUAUAGGACAAUGCUGAACUUCAGGUCUGCCACCGACCUGCUCUGCCAACACAGUCUAUUCAAGUAAGCCAGAGCUGCCCUGCUGGCCCACGCUGAGACGGUGCUGGCCUUAAAGCCCUUGAUGCUCUUUCCAGUCUUCAUCCCCCGAGCAGGGCGGAUCUCCCAUUCUAACUGUUUCUAAUCAGCCUUUCAAACAAGAAUUUUGUUUCCAAGUGGAAACUAAAAUGUUUCUGAAGUUAACAAGUGUUGUUUAAAAGUUAACUAUAUACGGGAGCAACUGAUUAUAAUUUGUAAGCCCUCUUUCUGUCAGCAGAGUCCACUCUGUAAAUGCCUUUUCAUAUAUUCAUCUUUGAGGCCUGACAUUUCAUGUACCCCGGGCAAAAAAAAAAAAAAAAAAAAACCAGGAAAGCUACAGCCCUCAACUUUCACACUGACUGGGGCCUGUGGCUGCAGGUAGCAGAAGGGAGCCGUGCCGCAGGAGGUGAAGUCAGCUCAGGGGCUGUAGCAAAGCAGAGACGGAUAGGCUUGGAGGGAGGAAAGGAAGAUGGUGAACUUACAGGGAGAAGUGCGAGAAAUAUCUCAUGUGUAUCAAGCUCAUUUGGUAAUCACAAAGAGAAGCAGAAUUUAUCGGUUUUCCGGGGGAAAAUAAAUAUCUGCAUGGGUAUUAAAAAGGU